CUUGUAAUGCAAUACGCUAAUGGCGGAGAUCUUCAAAAUUAUCUCAAAAAGAAUUUUAAGAAUUUGACUUGGAACGAUAAGAAAAAAUUAGCAUUUCAAAUUGCAGACGGAUUAAAUUACUUACAUAAUGAGAAUGUUUUACACAGAGAUCUUCAUUCAAAGAAUGUAGUUAUUCAUGAAAAUAAUGCUAAAAUUACAGAUUUUGGUAUUUCAAAAUUUCAAAAUAACCAAAGUUCAACAGUUUACAUUGGUAAUUUUGGUGUUGUUGCUUAUAUGGAACCAAAGCGCAUAUUAGAUCCAAGUUACAAAUAUACUAAAUCAUCAGAUAUUUAUAGUUUUGGUGUAUUAAUGUGGGAAAUAUCAAGUGGAUAUCCUCCAUUUAAAGAUCAUGACAAUAAAGUUGCACUUGCCAUUUCUAUUAAUACUGGUAUUCGUGAAGUGGCGGUUCCUAAUACUCCAGAUGAUUAUGAAAAGCUCUAUAAAAAUUGCUGGAAUCAAGAACCUGAACAGAGACCAAAUAUUAAUGAAGUAUUAGAUGAAUUUGAAAGAAUGGAUUUUGGAAUUAAUGUUAAAAAUAAAUCAGUUACAGGUAUUUGUUUGUAUAGUUCGCAUUAUAAUUGA